UGUCCACUUCACAUUAUAAGUUACGACGUUGACAAACGCGCCGCGUAAUCGUGAAGAUGUUCAAAUCGCGAUACCACAUCUUCCUAAGCCUGCUAGCGGUCACUCUUAUCUCGGGGGAGAUCCUCGACCGAGGAUGGUGGAAUCACACGGUUUUCUAUCAGAUUUACCCUCGCAGUUUUAUGGACUCUGAUGACGACGGCGUUGGUGAUCUCAAAGGUAUAACAAACAAACUCGAACAUUUUGUGACAUCUGGAGUAGGAGCAAUAUGGCUAUCACCUAUCAAUCGAAGUCCCAUGGUCGAUUUUGGAUACGACAUUUCGGAUUUCAAAGAUGUCGACAAAAUAUUCGGCACAAUGACAGAUUUUGAAAAUCUUUUGACACGUGCUAAAGCACUCGGAUUGAGGAUUAUACUCGAUCUCGUGCCUAAUCAUACUUCCGACGAACAUUAUUGGUUUAAAGAGAGCAUAAAUCGUACCGGCAAAUAUGAACAUUAUUAUAUAUGGGCAGAUGGAAAAGGUAAACUGCCACCAAAUAAUUGGUUAAGCGUAUUCGGUGGUUCGGCUUGGGAAUACAACUCAAUCCGUAACCAAUGGUAUCUUCAUCAAUUCCACAAAAAGCAACCAGAUUUGAAUUAUACUAAUCCCGAGGUACAAGAGGAAAUGAAGGAAACUAUUCUAUAUUGGUUGAGGAAAGGUGUGGAUGGAUUUCGCGUGGAUGCAGUGCCGCAUCUCUUCGAAACAAAUUACACUUUGGAUGAACCUACAAGCGGUAUAGAAGAUGACUAUGAAUAUGACUCUCUAAAUCACAUAUUUACAACGGAUCAGCCAGAGACGUACAACUUGGUACUAAGUUGGAGGAAAAUCUUGGAUGAAUAUGCUUAUCAACAUAAUACAAGCGAAAAGGUGAUGCUGAUUGAAGCAUACGCUACAUUAGAAAACACUAUCAAAUAUUACAAUUACGGUUCUAUUCCAUUCAACUUUUAUUUUAUCACGAAUGCGACCGAUGCUUCGGACGCUUCUGUAUUUAAAGACAUAAUAGAGAGCUGGAUGAAGGCAAUUCCCAAAGGUAGCAUCGCUAAUUGGGUGAUGGGAAAUCAUGAUCGUAAUCGUACUGCUUCGCGUUUCCCCGGGAUGGCCGAUCAGAUGACAAUGUUAGCCAUGAUACUGCCAGGUGUAGCGGUUACAUACUAUGGCGAAGAAAUAGGAAUGGUUGAUAAAACGGACAUAACUUGGGAAGAAACACAGGAUCCGUUAGCUUGUAACGCGGGCCAAGAGAAAUACCAAAGUCGAUCUCGUGAUCCCGUUCGCACGCCAUUUCAAUGGCAUUUUCAGCGUAAUGCAGGCUUCAGCAAUGCCAAUAAGACAUGGUUACCGAUUCACGAAAAUUAUACUAUUACAAAUUUAAUAGUAGAACAGUAUCAAAAUGAAUCUCACUAUAAGGUUUAUCGCGCUCUGACAACAUUACGUAAUACGUCGGACGCGCUCAAAUUUGGAUCAUUGAGUGUUGAUGUUAUAAAUAACAACAUUUUAUACAUCCUACGAAAAACGAGCGAGGAAGCCGUGACGCUAUUGAUAAAUUUCUCCAAAGACAAGCAAGGGAAGGUUGAUUUAACAAGAGUCUUGACGGGAUUCAAGAACGGUGUGAUUAAAGUAGCGAGCGUGGGCUCCAAAUUAAGACAAAAUCAAACUGUUGAGCUGAAUAACAUCUCUAUCCCACCAAAAGUUUCGAUAGUUUUCCAAGCUUAUCCAAGCUCCAAAGCACCAGCGGAAUACGUUGCUUCCCUUCAAACAAUUAUACUAGCGCUAUCUUUCUUAAUAAUAACAUUGUAUAAAUAAAAAAAAAUAUUAAAAUAAUUAAAAUUAACGAUGAAAAUUUGCUGCUCGUUAUAAUUGUAAUAAUAUCGCGAUAAGAAUCUAUGCUACUAAUUAUACCUAGGUAUAUCACUCUCUCUUGAUUCCAUUCAUUAUGAUUAUUAACGACGACGUCAAUUUAAAUUCCUCAUUUAUAGAUAUACAGCAUGUUGUAGAAAACGUCGAAUUCAGAAAUAUGAUAAUAUAAAUGCCAUGCACGGCGUAUCAUAAAUGUCGUUUGUAGCGUAAUAAUAAUUAUUUUCUAAUGUGCGCGUCAGAAAUGUCAAAAGUUCUCGUUCUUUUUUAGAUCUAUCGCAUGCGAUCAUAGACUCUGCUUCUUCCGUCUUGCGUACGUGGGAAGAGCAUUUUUUUAGAUAAAGUUUAUUUCGCUUUAGCGACUGAAUCGAUAAUUCGUUACACAUGGAUGAUGAAACCAAUUUAUGCAUCUAAUCCCGAGUGAUGGAAAAAUAUCUGCGUACGCGGGAAUCUUCACGAGAGAUUAGCAACAGGAUCAAACGGCGCGGACGAGCGACAAAGUAAUCUCGAUAUCGAGUUAUAUUCCAUCACAUUUUAUCUAUCCUCAAUUUUUACAUUUUUUUUCUUUGUAUUCGCGUCAAUAUUCAGUCUGAAUCAGAUUAGGCGGUGACAUCUUAAUCUACAUAGAAACGUAUUCCGCUAGUGAAUAAUACGUUUUCACGAUCGAGUCGAUUAACUCAAUCUUGAUUGUAUAUACGAGUAAAUAAAUAACUAGGUGUGUCUAGAAAAAUAUAGCGCAAGAUCCCGUGAUACGUGUACCUACGUAAAAAAAUAUCGAAAGCAGCAUUUAUAAAUGUAUAAUUAUAAAAA